GCCGAGCAAGGUAUCAUUCAUCAGUCACAGUUGACGCUACUCUGUGGACGGUGCUCUCGCGCGCCCCUCCUUUAUGCCUUGCUACAGUACGGGGAAGGCAGAGUGCAUAACACAUCACCAGAAUGUGACAUUAUAGUGCACUAUUUAGUUAAUACUUCCCUUCGCCUUCCCUAGUAACUAACGCCAAGAAACUUUUUAUUACUUUCUAAAACGUAUUUAAUUUUCCGCGUGUGUCUCGUUCCAAGCUCGCGCCAACAAACGUGUGUGUGUAUAAAUAAAUAUUAAUUUUAUAGUGUGUUAAGCUGUACCAAACAUGACUAUAUCAUACGCCGGUGAAGUACCCAACGGCAGCAGUUUCGGAUGUUUCUGGAGGAUCCUUUGCAAAUGGAGAGGCAGCGUGUACAAGCUCGUCUGGCGGGAGUUACUAGCAUAUCUCACACUCUACUACACCAUCAAUUUAUUGUAUCGGUUUGCGCUAACAGAGCAGCAACAGAGGAUAUUCGAGAAAGUGCGUCAGUACUUCGGUGCACAGAGCGAGUCGAUCCCCAUGUCAUUUGUGCUGGGGUUCUACGUGAGUCUGGUGGUGAAGAGGUGGUGGGAACAGUACAAGUUGCUGCCGUGGCCCGACACGCUCGCCCUCUUCAUAUCCGCGGGAAUACCUGGAGCGGUUAGUAAAGACGAGACGGGUCGGUUAAUGAGAAGAAAUAUUGUAAGAUACGCCAUCUUAGCUUACGUCAUUACUCUUCAGAGGGUAUCCCUAAGGGUGAAGCGACGGUUUCCAACGUGGCAACAUGUCGUAGACUCUGGUCUUAUGUUGGAGAGUGAGAGGAAAGUUUUCGAAAAAAUGGAUGGGAAGAGUCCCAUGUCCAAAUAUUGGAUGCCGCUGGUUUGGGCGACAAAUAUAAUAAAUAGGGCGAGGAAAGAAGGCUUGAUAACAAGUGACCACAUUGUUCAAACGCUGUUAGUUGAACUGUCGGAUAUUAGAAGGCGAUUGGGAGCGCUCAUAGGAUACGACACAGUCUGUGUGCCCCUGGUAUACACUCAGGUGGUGACGCUGGCUUUGUACACGUACUUCGUGGCAGCUUUGAUGGGCCGUCAGUUGGUGCCACCCGCACCAGGUAGCACUUCCAAAUACGAGCCUGACGUUUAUUUCCCGUUGUUCACUGCACUACAGUUCUGCUUCUACGUUGGUUGGCUGAAAGUGGCCGAGGUCCUGAUUAAUCCUUUCGGUGAGGAUGACGAUGAUAUUGAAUUGAACUGGUUAAUAGACAGACAUAUAAAGGCUGCCUACAUGAUAGUGGAUGAGAUGCAUGAAGAGCAUCCUGAACUUCUGAAAGAUCAAUAUUGGGAGGAGGUCGUCCCGAAGGACUUGCCAUACACUGUGGCGUCAGAACACUAUCGUAGACAUGAGCCACCUUGUUCAGCCGACCACUACAAAGUGAAGGCUGAAGAUGCAGUCUAUGCAAAUGUUCAAGCUCCUAGAAAAAGUCACGACGAGACUUAUGCAGAUUAUGAAAGUGUGGAUACUCCGCUUGUGGAGCGAAGGAAAAAUUGGUUCCAAAGACAAAUAUCACGAAUGGGUUCAGUCAGAUCUGCAUCGACGGCGUACUCUUCGGGUGGGUUGUUUGGCCGAAAUAGACAUAACUCGGUCGUGUACUCGAGUCCUGAAGCCGGCCAGCCAGUGAUGCCACCGCCGCCUCAUCAUAAGAUGUCGUUGUAUGAACGCCUCGUUGGACGCAAGUCUGGCCGUGGACAACACAGACCCAGCUCUAGACAUGGUGGACAAAAAAGCAAUGGUUCUGCUGUUCCAAUAACUUUAAGAAACCGGCCUCGCAUACCGACUCCAGACGUUACAAAAGAGGUUAUGGAUCGUGAAAAUAGAAUUGCAAUGGGUAUGCAAAAUAUGGGCGUUAUUAUGGCGCACCAGGGUUACCAAAAUGAGGUGCCUGUUCUUGGUGCUCUUGUUCUAUCCCCUAUCCAAGAACUCGACAGUGGGUCAGUGAACAAUACGUUACACGCUGGCCAGCCAGGAACCACAGCGUUGGCACAAGCCGUGUUAUCGCCUUCUUUGACGACGGGUGGUAUGGCCCCGAUGAUAGCUGCAGCGCCCGUGACGCUGGGCGUGUCGCAGCUCACAAGCUUAGUCAGCUCCACGCCGUCGAGUCCGCGCCCCGAGCGUGGCACAGCCGACGGUUCUGGAGGAUCACCUCAUUCGCCGCGGGCCACAGUCACUGAGCUCCCUCCGUCGGACCGUGACAGUGAGCACAGUAACGCAAGCACCGGCACUCCACCUGAGUUUACACGAAAACGCAGCAACUCUAAGAGAGGCGAAGUCUAUGUAUAAAAUUAAAUAUCCGUCCAUAAUACGUGGUGCUUAUGAAAUUGUGAUUGAUAAUGUUUUAUUAGUCGAGUUUUUCGUCUGAUAAUGAUACUAAGUACAUGUACUUAGGUACUCAUUAUAGUUAAAAUGAGAGAGCUCAUUUAGGUUUAUUUGUAAGUCGAUUUCCAUUGCAGUAAUGGAAUAAAUUGAGUUUUACGCACAGACAGGGAUUGAAUUGUAUAUUUUUUUAUUAUAGUUUUCCAUUUUA